CGACUAGUAUGCCCAUGAUAUAUUUUUAAAUUCCCUAAUUACCCUCCUUCGUGCCGGGAGGAAAUAGAGGAAAUAGGCCUCGUCCUCCUCGCUUGCCUGCCAUCGUCUUCAAUUCACUCGCUCGCUCUUUUGACGGCCAUCACACGCACCUCCACCGUUCACUCCUCUGUCUUUCAGUUCACUUGCUCCGUACGCUUUUUUCUUUGAGCCUCCUUCUAUUUUUUCCUUGCUCGUCAUUCAAGUUCGAAUUCAAACCUCUUGCAACUUGGUUUAUCUGGUGUUUUCCCCUCUGCUUAGUUUAUCAGACUCGGCGCAUUUUUGAUAAGAGCAUCAUCUUAGUCUCGAGUAGAAGAGAAAUGAAGACAAUGAUAGCAAUAGGGUUUGAGGGUUCAGCCAACAAAAUUGGUGUUGGCAUUGUGACUUUAGAUGGCAUAAUUCUUUCAAACCCUCGCCACACUUACAUUACUCCUCCUGGACAAGGGUUUCUUCCGAGAGAGACUGCCCAGCACCAUCUCCAACACAUUCUUCCCCUAGUUAAAUCUGCUUUGAAAACAGCACAAAUUACUCCAGAUGAGAUUGAUUGCAUCUGUUAUACCAAGGGUCCUGGCAUGGGAGCACCAUUACAAGUGGCAGCUGUUGUUGUUCGUGUUCUUUCACUGCUUUGGAAGAAGCCAAUUGUUGCAGUGAAUCAUUGUGUCGCACAUAUUGAAAUGGGAAGGGUUGUAACAGGCGCUGAUGAUCCUGUUGUUUUGUACGUAAGUGGUGGGAACACUCAGGUCAUUGCUUACAGUGAGGGACGUUACAGAAUUUUUGGGGAGACCAUUGAUAUCGCUGUAGGAAAUUGCUUGGACCGGUUUGCCAGGGUUUUAACACUUUCCAAUGAUCCAAGCCCUGGAUACAACAUUGAGCAGCUUGCGAAGAAAGGGGAGAAAUUUAUAGACAUUCCUUAUGUUGUUAAAGGAAUGGACGUGUCUUUUAGUGGAAUAUUAAGCUAUAUUGAAGCAACUGCUGAAGAAAAGCUAAAGAACAACGAGUGCACCCCUGCAGAUUUGUGCUACUCUCUGCAGGAGACAUUGUUUGCAAUGCUUGUGGAGAUAACUGAGCGCGCUAUGGCUCAUUGUGAUAAGAAAGAUGUUCUCAUAGUUGGUGGCGUAGGUUGCAAUGAGCGUUUGCAAGAGAUGAUGAGAACAAUGUGUGCUGAACGGGGUGGAAAGUUAUUUGCCACUGACGAUAGAUAUUGCAUUGACAAUGGUGCAAUGAUAGCAUAUACUGGCCUUCUUGCUUUUGCUAAUGGCACAUCAACUUCACUUGAAGAAUCUACAUUUACCCAGCGUUUUCGGACAGAUGAAGUGAAAGCAAUAUGGAGAGAAGCUAAUUUGGGAAGACAGAAUGGGCUUGCAGAUCAAAAUGUUUGACUUUCUGAUUCCGAUUUUGAGGUUGGUCUUUUUAUCGUCUAAAUAUUCUGUUGUAAUGAAGAUAAAUUGGUGGAAUGGAACCUGACGUUCUUCGUGAUAUAUACAAAUCUGCAUCUGCCAAGCCGAAGGUUAAUCUUCAAGGACCUUGAAAUUUUAUUAUUGUAAACAUUAUGUAUAAAAUUGUUUGACCAUGGGUGGCCUUUUGGGUAUUGAACCUUGUAUCGAGAUUCCAUGUAUGUCCCUAUGGUGUCCUUCUUUCUACUGCCCCCCCAUCUCUAGGAGUCCAAGUUAUGCAUGCCUGACUGGAGUUUAUUUGCAUGCCUGUUAUUGAACAAUGUUAAUUAGGUAGUUUAUUCCUCAGAUUAUUCUCAUUA